AUGUCUGAUACUACCAUGAUCCAAUCCGAGCUUUCAGAAAAUUUGGACGCCCCCACCCUAUACUAUUGUGGGUUAAGAGCUUCCAAUAUAGGUGCAUGCUUAUAUAAAAUUUAUGAUGAUAGUGUUAGACCAAGGAAUUUUCUAGGCACAGACAGUGAGUAUGGUAUCGAAGCUAUACUCUCAGACCAUGAAGGCCAUUCAUUGCAUGAAUUUAUUGGUAGCGAUAAGCCACUUCGUCCUAUUAUAGAUUUUGAUUUGCCAAUAGAAACACUAAAUGCUAUCACUCCUAAAGUUUCAUAUAAAGAAGCCUGUAAAGCUAUUCAAAUAGCCUUUAGAGAUGUUUGUCUGGAAAUACAUCUGGAGCUUAAGAACAUUGCUCAGGUCACAGUAUUCACUAAACUUGUUCGCAAAAAACUCCAGGUAGGAUUACAGAAGAAAAUUAUUAUUGAUAACAUUGCAAAUAAAAGAUCUUUCUCCUUGCGAAUGCUUGGAUCAUCCAAGUAUAAAGAAGAAACAAAAGAACAUAUUCGUGUAAAAAAAGCUAUCCAUCCAAAAGAUGAAACGAUCUUUGACUUCAUGAUUCGCCUGUCAAAUGAUGAAUCAGAAGUCAUAGAAAGCCCUCUCUUAGAUGUUUCAGAAAAUAUAAGCAGAAGAAAAUGCUCUAUCAUGAGUAAUAUUACUACUGAAGCUAAAUUCAAGUUGGCAGAGACAUUGCUUAAAGAGACCAACAUUGAAGGCUAUAAUCUCUCAUUUCUGUCAGAAAAUUUCUCUGAUAAAUUUCUAUUAUCAUGCAUUUCUUCAUCAUAUUGCCCAUUAUGUGAUCAGGAACAUACAAAAAAACAGCCUGGUACGAAAAACCCUUCGUUAAAGCUUACCAUUAGUGAAACAGCUUUAGAUAGAGAAAAAAAGCUUCCAAGUAAAAAAUUCUCUCGUAUGGUUGUCUAUGAGGCAAUUCAAGCAACGAUCGCCUGCGUUCAGAAGAAAAUGAAAACAUGGAUUCUUAAACAUAGGAAUCUGAAUGGUGAACUUAUGUUUGACAUAGGGCCUAAACUAGAUAUUGCAAAUUUUACAAUUAAUAUAAUAGAACUAGGGGGAAUGGCUAGUGGUGAAUGGCAUAAGGCAAAUGAUCAUUUAAAAGCUCUUAUUACAGAAAACUAUGUCUCAAUUGAGCGCAAAGGUCUUGAAUCCCAAGAUUGUAAUCAUUUUGCUGGAUUUAUGAUUUUAAGUAAUCAUGAUGCCCCAAUUCGAGUAAAAAUGAGAGAUGGGCGUAUCAUAUGUUUAAAUGUCUCUCCUUGCUACAAAAAUAAUUUUGCAUAUUUUGACCAAUUGGGAGGGAUUCUUGAGCAUUCUGAUACACCUAGAUCUUUUAUGUCAUAUCUGCUUAGUUUUAAUCUUUCUGGAUGGAAGCUAUAUAAAGUAGCUAAGCUAAGUAGCAAUAUAUUAUAUCAAGAAUAUUUUGAUUGGUGUGGAGGCAAUGGGGAAAAACUAUUUUCUAACAACAUUCUUGAUGAUAUCGAAGAAUUUUCUGAUACACCUCAACCUGACUUACCUGAAAAUGAGACUACAGACAUACCCAUAUUCAAUGUGCCAGAAUUUAUUCCUCCAAAAAUAAUUCUGCCUCAGACAGAAAAGAAUCUCUCUCCUAGUAAUAAGAAAGCAGAUAAACAGAAAAAUCUAACCCAAGCUCUAUCUGAGCUAAAAAUCGACCAGCUUGAAACUAGCAAGCUUCCUGAACCUAUUGAGCUUAUAAGUGGAGUGGUGCCUGAUAUGCCUUUUAAAGAAACUGAUUCUUUUAAGCCUAUCAAUAAAGUAUCAUCUGCAAUACUUCUAAGCAGGGCCCAGCGCGAAGAGCGCCUCAGAAAAAGGGCAAUCAAACUCAGUGAAGACCCUGAUAAGUUCAUGACCAUCACAGAAAAAGACAGGCUCAAUUCUAUCGCAUUUCAUUAUAAAAUGGAAAUGGAUGCACAAAUGUGCGAUUAUGCAAAAGAGAGCGAAGAAGACCCAAAUGAAAAUAUGGAAAUGACAGGAAUGACAAAAAAAUAUAAGCAUACUUCAGAAGAAUGGUAUGCUUUGGUAAAGAUUAACUUUGAAACACUUACAAUAUUUCCAUGCGGUCAUGCAUAUCAUAGGAAAUGUAUUGAAAAAAAUUUUUUACUUACGGAAGAGAACAAAUGCCCUAUUCCUGAUUGUGACAAAAUUGUUGAUUCAGUAAUAUCUAAACGAAGGUUUUCUGAAUCAUUUCAGUCUAGUGGAACUUCGGCUAUUGCAGAUAUGUUAGGCAAUAAUCUUGGGUUAAAUUCACCAAUGAAUGUAUCACCAUUAUUAGGAAGUGAAAUACCAAAAAAGCAUGUUGGUGAAUCUAUUGACAAAUCAUCCAGUAAGAAAGCAAAGAAGCAAGUUUCAAAAGAAGAUUCUUCUAUAUUUAAAAAACUUAUUGAGGAAUUGACAUAA